AAUAACUGCGCGUGCUUCUAUGGGGUCUUGAAAUGACCUUUAACCCUUCCAUCAUGGCUGCCGUGCAGAAGCAGGAGUGAGGAUUUCUCACAAUUUUCGUCCUUUCUUACCUUAAAGCUGGCGCAAGCGGCCAUGGAGAGUGAUGAAGAAGAAGAGUACACGCUACAGGGUCCGGUGGACGACGAAGGUUUCCCUCACGGGCACUGCACGCUCGCCUACACGUCCGGCGACAAGUUCGAAGGUCACUUUGACCACGGCGCCAAAUCUGGCAAGGGGUGCUUCCAUUUUUACGACGGCAGCAAGCUAGAGGGGGGUUUUGACGGGGGGUUGUUGCAGGGGAAGGGGCUUUAUACGUACGAGGACGGUAGCGUGCUGAAGGGGGUUUACAUCGACGGCGAGUUAAACGGGCCUGCGGAAGAGUUCAACAGCGAAGGACAGUUGACGUUUAGGGGACAGUACAGUGACGGCGUGAGGUGUGGGUUCUGUUGGAUCUACUCGGCAGAUGGAGGCUGCAUCUGCGGAGAUGUUAACGACGAAGGAGAAAUGAGCGGGAAAAAUAUCGCAUACAUCUACCCGGAUAUGAAGCUCGCUCUGAUUGGUUCGUUCGUAGAUGGGGAGAUGGUGAAGGGUAAGCUGGCGGAAGUGGUCGGGAUUAGUCAAGACAGGCCGCAGUUUAAGAUGGUGUCAGACGGCGGGAUCUUUAAGUGCGACGUGUCCACAGGCGACGGUAUAUCCUCCGACCCGCAGCUACCAGAUCCAUAUGAACAACAAAUGGUUUAUGUUGGAGCAUCUACAAUACAAGGUGCUUCAGAGGGCCUCUUUAUGAAAGUGCCAGUCAAGGAGGACAAAGUGGUGGCGUUCUACAACGGGCUGCGUCUGACGCACGCCGAGGUGGACGCUCGCGACUGGGCCAAGAACGGCAACACCAUCUCUCUGGACGAGGAAAUCGUGAUCGACGUCCCUCCGCCGUUCGACGACACGAAACAUUACCGCGCUUCCCUCGGACACAAAGUCAACCACUCGUUCUGUCCGAAUUCCAAGUACGAUCUUUUCCAGCACCCAAGGUUCGGGUUCAUCAAAUGUAUCCGAACCAUCAAGCCUGUCUCCGCGGAUGAAGAGUUGACCGUAGAGUACGGUUACGAUCAUCACGGAUGUGGCGCGGAUAAUCCGGAUGCGCCCGAGUGGUAUAAGGAACAAAUGAAAUCCCUCAAAGGGAAAAAUUGAUAAAGUUCAGAUCAGGAUUAUGGCUGACAUCUGUUAUUAUUCCGUCAUUUGACAGACAAGGAUAUUAGCCUGGUAUCCAACUUAUUAUAGUUGCUGAGUCUUUUUACCUCUCAAGCAGUCUUCUCAAGCAUAGACAAAAAGACUCUGCAUCUAUAAUAGGUUUGGAUAGAAAGGCUACAAAAAGUGACAAACAUGACACUCUGUCAUUUUCACUGUGUAAUAUGGUGAAUACCAUAAAUCUCGAUACUUUUGCAGCUGGGAUUUUGUUUUACAAUUAUUGCAGUGACCUUCCCAACACUCAAGUAA